GCUGAGGGACGGAGCAGAGAGCCGGGCAGAGCGCUUCACUGAGCCGCGCUGAGAGACGCUGAGACACGCUGCGGGACGGAUGGCGGCGCUAUCUGGGAUUAUUUACUCCGUGGCUUCGCUUCUUUUCGGGGUUUCUGCCGGAAUCUCCGCUCCGAGAACUUACCCGGCCAACGAAGUUACGCUGCUGGAUUCCAGAUCAGUGCAGGGAGAACUGGCCUGGGUCGCGAGUCCCACGGAAGGAGGAUGGGAGGAGGUGAGCAUCAUGGACGAGAAGAACGUGCCGAUCCGGACGUAUCAGGUGUGUAACGUGAUGGAGGCCAGUCAGAACAACUGGCUGCGGACGCACUGGAUCCAGCGCGGUCCGGCUCAGCGGAUUUACAUCGAGAUUAAAUUCACCCUGCGGGACUGCAACAGUCUGCCCGGAGUUACCGGCACCUGCAAGGAGACCUUUAACCUCUACUACCAGGAGACGGACUCGGACGGCGAGAGGACGGUGCGCGAGAGCCGCUUCUCCAAGAUCGACACGGUGGCGGCCGACGAGAGCUUCACGCAGGUGGACAUCGGAGACCGGAUCAUGAAGCUGAACACUGAGGUGCGGGACGUCGGGGUCCUGACGCGGAAAGGCUUCUACCUGGCUUUUCAGGACGUCGGCGCCUGCAUCGCCCUGGUGUCUGUGAGGGUCUUCUAUAAGAGAUGUCCGCUGGCGGUUAGAAAUCUGGCGCAGUUUCCCGAUACGGUGACCGGAGCCGAUACCUCGUCUCUGGUGGAGGUUCGGGGGUCCUGUGUGAAUCACUCAGAAGAGCGGGAGGUCCCCAAAAUGUACUGCGGGGCGGACGGGGAGUGGCUGGUCCCCAUCGGGAACUGCCUGUGUAACCCGGGUUACGAGGAACGCAGUGGACAGUGUCAAGUGUGUAAGGUGGGGUACUACAGGUCGUUAUCUACAGACGGGGGCUGCAGUAAGUGUCCGCUGCACAGUUACUCUGGGAGGGAGGGGGCCACGUCCUGCGACUGUGAUAAAACCUACUACAGGUCAGAGACCGACCCCCCGGCCACGCCCUGCACACAACCCCCCUCGGCCCCUCAGGCCCUGAUCUCCAGCGUGAACGAGACCUCCGUCCUGCUGGAGUGGAGUCCACCUCUAUCCACCGGCGGCCGGCAGGACCUCACCUAUAACGUGGUGUGUAAGCAGUGCGCGUGGGAGGUCACGCGGUGUGUUCCGUGUGCCGACAGCGUGAGAUUCUCCCCCCAGAGACUCAGCCUGAGGACCACCAGGGUGUCCGUCCACCAGCUGCAGGCUCACACAAACUACACCUUCCAGAUCUGGGCCGUCAACGGGGUCUCCAAACUCAACCCCAACCCGGAACAGGCCGCCUCCAUCAGCCUCACCACCAACCAGGCCGCUCCCUCUACAGUGAUGUCGGUGGAGAGUAAGGAUGUAACUCGGGACACUCUGGCUCUGUUCUGGCAGGAGCCGGAGAAACCGAACGGAGUGAUCCUGGAGUACGAGGUUAAAUACUACGAGAAGGAGCAGAACGAGCGCAGUUACCGUAUCGUGAAGACCACGUCUCGCAGUGUGAACAUUAAGGACCUGACCCCUCUGACCUCGUACGUGUUUCACGUGCGCGCUCGCACGGCGGCGGGGUACGGAGACUUCAGCGCUCCACUGGAGGUCAUGACCAACUCAGUGCCAUCUCCAGUGGUGGGGGAGGGGAUGAGUCCCACCGUCCUGCUGCUGUCUGGAGGCGGCACCAUCAUCUUCCUCCUCAUUGUCGCCUGCACCUUCAUCAUCAGCAAGAGGAGGGCCAAAUACAGCAAAGCCAAACAAGAUGAAGAGAAACACCAGCCAGGAGUGAGGGUCUAUGUGGACCCGUUCACCUACGAGGACCCGAACCAGGCCAUCAGGGAGUUCGCUAAAGAGAUCGAUGCAUCUUGUAUUAAGAUUGAGAAAGUUAUUGGCGUCGGUGAGUUUGGGGAGGUCUGCAGUGGGCGUCUGAAGUUUCCGGGGAAGCGUGAGAUCUGCGCGGCCAUUAAAACUCUGAAGGUGGGAUUCACGGAGCAGCAGAAGCGGGACUUCCUGAGUGAAGCCAGUGUCAUGGGUCAGUUUGACCACCCCAACAUCAUCCACCUGGAGGGCGUGGUCACCAAGUGUAAACCCAUCAUGAUCAUCACUGAGUACAUGGAGAACGGAUCUCUGGAUGCUUUUCUCAGAAAGAACGACGGGCGCUUCACGGUUAUUCAGCUGGUUGGUAUUCUGCGCGGCAUCGCUUCCGGCAUGAAGUACCUGUCAGACAUGAGUUACGUCCACCGAGACCUGGCAGCACGGAACAUCCUGGUGAACAGUAACCUGGUGUGUAAAGUGUCUGAUUUUGGCAUGUCCAGAGUGCUGCAGGACGAGCCGGAGGGGGCGUACACCACCAGGGGGGGAAAGAUUCCCAUUCGCUGGACAGCCCCAGAAGCCAUCGCCUACAGGAAGUUCACCUCCGCCAGCGACGUGUGGAGUUACGGCAUCGUCAUGUGGGAGGUGAUGUCUUACGGCGAGCGGCCGUACUGGGAUAUGAGUAACCAGGAUGUGAUAAAGGCGAUAGAGGAGGGGUACCGGUUGCCCCCGCCGAUGGAGUGUCCCGUGGCGCUGCACCAGCUGAUGCUGGAGUGCUGGCUGAGAGAGCGCAGCGAGAGACCCAAGUUCAGCCAGAUCGUCAACAUGCUGGAUAAACUGAUCCGUAACCCCGCAUCACUGAAGAGAACCGGAGGAGAGAGCAGCAGAUCCCACCCAUCCAUGUUAAGCCACACCCCCUCUAUAGAGCCACCCCCUUCACUUGGUUCAGUGGAAGAGUGGCUGAAAACUGUCGGCCUGGAGAAAUACAGAGAAAACUUCAUCACAGCCGGACACAGCAACCUGGAGAGCAUCAUACACAUGAAUCAGGAAGAUUUUGCCAAACUCGGAAUCUCAUCCUCUGCUCAUCAGAAGAAGCUUCUGAGUGGUCUUCAGGAAAUCCAGGCUGGAAUCCAGCAAAUACAGAGCAGAAAGGUUCCUGUCUGAUCUCCGUACUGACACGAACGAUCUUAUGAGGAUUAUGAAGAGGAAUAUAAUAAUUUAUGCACUUUAAUUUGAUACGGACUGUAGGAGACAGUGGAAUAUAGUGGCACUUUUUAUGGACUAGCUUGCAUCGCCUACCGGAGAGGGACAUUUCCAUGCCUGUGGUCCUCGUGGUCUUCCUAGGUGGAUAAGCGUGGCUAUAAUGUGGCCUGUUGCUCUGAAUAAAGGCUGAAUUAUGAAUCUCGUAAGACUUUUGAUGCAUUCUGAUGGAGAUUCAGGAUUUUCUUGAGUUUUAUCUCAAUCUACUCUUGGCUCUGGAGUCUGCAAGGUGGGACUUGUCUUGGACUGCAAAUGUAUUUCCUAUUUCCUUUUUUCUGUCCAAUUAUAUCCCCAUACAUGUUUUUAAAUCUUCACUGUUGGAGUCUUGGAGUUGGAAAGCCACCAAGCAAACUACAAGUUCACACAGCAGUGCCAACUGCCUGGAUCUACCUACAUCCUCCAUGGCCUGGAAGACGCCCAAAUUUAACCAAACCAAUUGAUACCAUUGCAGAAUUGGGGAUAAUCCAUUGGGAUUCCAAUUGUCUUGGACACCCAAGACACUCAAGACAAGGCCAACAAUGGCUUUCAAACUGGGAUUCCAACUCAAGUCCCUGCAAUAAGUCUGUUAUUUGUAAUGGGAAGCAUUAACUUAACUUCGCCCCCUUCAGGUCACCUCCAGUAUGGCACUAUUUUAAAAAAUCAAUCUGGAUAUCUUCUCUGUUCAUCUGCUCCCUCAACCUCACAAAUUCAAGCAUCAUCCUCUACUGGAACUUCAUCUUUUCUCAGGAUUCAUUGCAUUAAAUGUUAAACAGACACGUUUAACUGACUUUUGAUCUCAUAGACAAUGAGCUAUUCUGUUGUGAAGAUCCUCACUGGACUAAGAGGAACUGUUCUCCUAAUAGAAGUGCCAUAUACAGAUCAUGGGACGCAACAGGACAGGUGAAUACAGCAACAUCUUUAACGAUAAAUAAUAUGGAUUCCCAGAAGCUCGGCUCAGUUCAUCAGUGAGACUGCAGUGAGAUGUUCUGAGAAAUGCUCAACAUUACCAUGACCAUCACCACCAUUACUGUUCACUGAGUAGGGCUGGUUUUCCAAACACAUAAUAAGGUUAAAAAAAGAAAGUCAACAGUGCAAAUCAGUUAAGAAUUAAGACUUUUGGUUAUUAUUACACUAGACCUGGUUUUAGUGUAUCAUGCACGACUGAACAACUAUGCAUGAUUAUCCUCCAUUCUUCACCCCAGGGCCCUCAUUCAUCACAAUAUGAGCAGAUGCCUCUGAGUUUCCCCUUCUGAAGUCUCCAUUGCUCCACCAGCCUCUCGCGUUUAGUAGAGGCUGUACGUGUGGCGU